ACGAGCGCGUGUUGCUGGUUAUUGGCUGCAGGAGGCUGCGUCAUUUCCUGACAGAGGACGGUCAGAGUGGAGAGAGACGCCACUCUCCACUCUGACGCUGUAGUAACGUCUGGGCAGCAGCGGGUCACCUCAACACAGCAACCGGACGGAGGAGAAAAACAAGAGCAACAGACCGGUUGGAGUACACGUCGCUCGGUCCGUGUAACACUGUUGGAGAGAGAUUUUUUGUGAACUUGACGUCGUUCGGAACUAAAACCGAGACCGGAGCAGGACAGCGUGAACUCACCGCCGAGCGGGAACACAAAAUAACUUUUUUAUUUUCUUUUUCUCCGUUGAGAAAAUAGCCUUUUUUUUCUGAGCUGCGUGCGCAACAGUGGACCAAGUACAAGUCGGUCUAAGUUCUGGUGUGUUAUUCCGCCUCUGUGGAGCUGUUGGCGGGGAGGAGGACACCAGAGAAGCGGAGGCUCGGCAGCCACCUGACCUCCUGGAAAAUAAGACCGCAGCUAAUGACACGCAGGCUCAGAUCCUUACGUGCCUCAUUACUAAGCUCUCUGGCGCGAGGCUGUUGCACGUCCAGUCUUGACUCACCGUUUCGCACGUGAAGUUUACAGAAUCCAUUUAUCGAUAUUUAAAUUAUGAGUCAGACAGCAUGGAUAUAACCCGAGUGCACGUCCUCCAGUGGUCGUGAUGCCAAGCGCCGGUCUAAUCCCGUGCCACCAGCCCGCCAUGCCUGCUCUCUAACCCCGCACCAGUGUGGCGCCGCGUCCCGGUCACACCGCCAGGAUGAGCAGCACCGACCUGGAGCGCAUGUCGCUCAGCUCCUCGGCCAACUCGGUGGCUUCCAGCGCGCGGACGCUGUCGGCCAACGUGAGGAAGCUGCACAACGCGCUCAACCUCUUGCUCAACGACUUCGAGAGGGAGCAGUUCAUCCACUGCCUCAAUGUCUACCACUCCAAGCGCAACGUGUACGACCUGGUGCAGACCCUCAACGUCAUCCUCAACGCGCCCAGCAAGCGGCAACUUCUGCCCAUGCUGCGGCUGGUCAUCCCCCGCUCCGACCAGCUUCUCUUUGAGCAGUACACCUCGGAGGGCCUCUACUUAAAAUCGGAUUUAGUUGCGAGCAACGGCAACGCCGAACCCCCGCCGGGCGACUUCCCCAGCGCCAGCCCGACCCCCACGGGGCAUUUCUCGCCCAGCAACCCGCCCGAGUUUCAGGUGGCGUUGCGGGGCUCACCGGACAGCUUCAGCACCAGCAGCGACGGGACAGCUCCCCUGGUGCCGCUGCUCGGGAGGAACUUCGUCCACGAGCCGCCGGGCGAGCUGCGGCAGGUCACCAUGAAGCGGCACAAGAGCAACGAGGGCCUGGGCUUCAGUAUCCGCGGAGGCUCGGAGCACGGGGUCGGCAUCUACGUGUCCCUGGUGGAGCCCGGCAGCUUGGCGGAGAAAGAGGGUCUCCGAAUCGGUGACCAGAUCAUGAAAGUCAACGACAAAGUCUUCGAAAAAGUCACUCAUGCUGAAGCGGUAAAGGUGCUGAAGGGCAGUAAAAAACUUUGUCUCUCUGUGCGUUCAGUCGGUCGGAUUCCAGGUGGCUAUGUCACCAACCAUGUUUAUACCUGGGUUGACCCUCAGGGUCGCAGUGUGUCCCCUCCUCCUGACCUCCCUGAACAUCGGAGUGCCACCCUGAGAAGAACUGACAGCCAGCGACGCAGCAACAUGCAGCUACUGCAGGAGGGAGAUGAAAAGAAGGUCAACUUGGUUUUGGAUGAUGGCCGGUCUCUGGGUCUGAUGAUUCGGGGGGGAGCAGAAUACGCUUUGGGUAUUUACAUCACUGGAGUGGACCAGGGAUCAGCAGCAGAGUGUGGAGGACUCAAGGUGGGUGACCAGAUCUUGGAGGUGAACGGCCGCAGCUUUCUGAGCAUCCCGCACGACGAAGCCGUCAGGGUCCUGAAGUCGUCACGGCACCUGAUGAUGACGGUGAAAGACGUGGGCCGCCUUCCACACGCCAGGACUGUGGUGGGUGAGACCAAGUGGAUCGCCAGCUCGCAGAUCGCAGAGAGCUCCGCCAACAGCAGCGUGGCAGGCUUCUCUGUGGACAAAGGAGCCUCUGCAGCAGGAAAGCCUGGGUUUUAUAAAGGCGUUGCGGGCUCUCAGGUGACCCUGUCCAGCCUGGUGAACCAGUCACGGGCAAUGCUGGAGGAGCAGGCACGCCACUUGCUGACAGAGGCGGAGCGGCAGACCAUGGGUUACUACGUGGAGGAGUACCGGGACGGGCACAUCGGCGUGGAGCAGCUAGUCGUGGCGCUGUUCGAGCUGCUCAACACACAUGCAAAGUUCUCUCUGCUGUCAGAGGUGCGAGGUCUGGUCACCCCACAGGACCUGGAGCAUUUUGACGGGUUGGUGCUGCGACGUGAGAUUCAGGCUCUAAAGGCACGACAGGGGACAGCUGGAGCCACGGCUCUCCAACCAGACUCCCUGUCCAUGGUGUCAUACCCAGACACCCUGACAUCGUCCUCAGCCAGCUUUAUGACCAACACCACCCUCAGCUCUGCUCGGAAUGACAGCGUGGUGGAGAGUAAUGAGGAUGUUCCUGUGGAGAGCCUGAACACGCUGCUGACCGACAUCUCUCUGGACGACGUACAGUCCACCACAGCUGAAUCUCCCCCCUCCUUCAAGCCUCCGCCCCCACCAGGGGUGCAGAGGCGCCCAAGUAGACGAGAUCAGGUCAACAAAUGCCCUUCGUCCGAAUCCUCCCACUCAGGCCUCUACUUCACAGCCCCGAGCUCCCACAACCACAGCAAAGAGCCAGGACAUGCCCCCGCCUCGCCCUCACUGCACCACAAACAUCCCAGGGACCCGUCUCGGGACUACGCGGUCGUCAGAAAGAGAGAUCCCUCGGUAACCUCCAAGAAAGAAAAAAUAACAGCUGCUCAGUUGUCUAUGGUCACCCAGCACAACAUCGGCCCUUUCCCCAGGGUGCAGUCUCCCAGCAGAGGCCCCAAACCUGCCGCCCCAUCCCCUUCACCUCCACCUCCACCUCCACUCCCUGCUCCUCGUCCACCACCUUCUCUCCCUCUUAAGCCAGUGUCCAUGUCCAAAGCUUCCCCUGCCUCCUCUCCUGGCUCUAAACAACAGUUUGUUACAGUGGAGGUUCACAGGCCCAACGCAGAGCCCGACGUUAACGAGGUGCGGCCACUGCCCCAAGCUCGAGGUGGCGCCCUGUCUCAGCUGUCAGACAGCGGCCAGACCCUCAGUGAGGACAGCGGGGUGGACAUAGCUGAGUCAGGACACAUCAGCAAAGACAGCAGCCCCCAUUCCUCACGCACACGCCACCCCCGAGAGACCAAGGGGGGCGGGGGGGACAACCCCUCAAAACCGCCAGGGCUGCUGGAGCCCACCUCUACACUAGUGAGGGUGGCAAAGAGUGCCAGCACCCUGGGUAUUGCCAUUGAAGGUGGAGCCAACACUCGGCAGCCGCUGCCACGAAUUGUCACAAUACAGAGGGGUGGUUCAGCUCACAACUGCGGCCAGCUGAAGGUGGGUCAGGUGAUCCUGGAGGUAAAUGGGGUUUCCCUGAGGGGCCGCGAGCACAGGGAUGCCGCACGCCUCAUCGCUGAGGCCUUCAAGACCAAAGAGAGGGACCAUGUGGACUUCCUGGUGACCGAGUUCAACGUGGCGCUAUAGCUGUGCGGAGGAGGAGAGAGGACGAUGACAAAGGCAGCACCAUGAGAAGAAGAGUCCCAGGACAACAUGAGAGGAAGAAAUGUAAGCGUCUAUGGCACAACUCUUUUAAAUAGACUCAAACGAACCAUCAACUGAUCUCUGAGCCCUUUCUCAUAAACCCACCCUUGAGCCUGGACACGUGACCCUCAAAUUUACAAGGUAUUACUUCUGCUGUGGACUUCGUUCAGGAUUCUCCUCAACGUGUUACCUCCCCACUGUGAGAUCUUAUGCACUAAAACGGAAAGUAGUGAAACCUAUACAUUUUGUUUGUUCUCUCAGUGUUAAAACUCGUGGAUUUACAACCAUUUGCAACCCCAACUGGAACUUCUCGUAGCACUCCCACGUCCAAUGGUCAGUUCACUGUAUUCAUUUUCUGCUUCUAUCUGAGAGACAGCUGCACAUCUAAGACUGAUUAAUGCUCGACUUUACAAGCUUGGAUUUGUAUAUGUAAAAAUGAACAAAUGUAGAUACAGAUGCAUAUAUACUGUACACAUAAAGAUACUCCUAUAUGAAUUAUAAAACCCGUAACCUCUGUUGCAUCAUCAACAUAUAGUAAUAUAUUUCAAAGAUGAUGAUAAUUCAGGCCAUCCUGGCAGUUCUAUAGAUUUUACAGUGAUGCUACCGGCCUGUCUGCAUAUUACCAACCUAUUACCAAAAGGAAAUGGAUAAAAUUAUGUCAGGCUAACAAAAAUACACAUUACAUUGUCAUAUUUGUUUGAUAGACACAAAAAAGACUGUACAUGGGAAUGAUAAUCUUUAUAUGGAUACCACACAAAUGCGCAUCGUUUCCGGUUUCCUUUCCUGUGUAUCUGUAUUGUUUGUCCACACUCAGUGAGGUAAAUUAGAAAAGCUGUUUACAUAUAAAAACAAUAUGUAUCCCCAAUACAAACAAUAAGAAGCAGCUAAAUAACUUUUUCUUAAUUCCAUUGGCAAACAUCUCUGCAUUGCUGCCAAAAUCGGGUAAGGAGCGGGACAGAGAGUCUGGUUACUCUGCUGAGUCUCAGCUGGUAAAAACACAGCUCUGUCCCCUACUGCUAAUUGUGACCUAUACUGUUUUAAUACAACCAAACCCACAAUUUAGUUGUUCUCAUUGACUUAUUUUUCCGUUUCUGUUUUCAGACAGGUAUAAAAUUGUGAUUUGAUCACAGGUCGUAUAUGUUACCUGUUAACCAGCAAACAUUUCCUGUGCUGCUGCUCUCAGAUGUCAAUAAAAUCCCUAAUAGUUGCUCCUUGAGCUCCUCCUUGAGCUCCUCCUCGAGCAGCUGUUGUCAGAAAUACAACAGAAGAUCAACUGUUGUGUCAGUUUACAGUGCAGCCAAACAAGUUGUUUUAAUAAAGACUUAAGUCGACAAUUGGCCUUUUUCCCAUCAUGCCCUGAGCAGCCAUAAUCUAAUUUCAUGCUGCACACAUUGUGAGCACACGUCAGGACACAGUAAUAGGAGUUGGUUACCUUGCUGCAGAGUCUGAGGUGUUCCUUCUGACGCCUUCAGCCCUUCAUCUAGAGGUUCACUGAGGCUGCCUCUUCUGGUUCCAUUAUUUCAUCCAAUAUUUAAAAUUGAUCCACUGUCAAAAAUGCCGAAAAUGAGCUAGUUUUCUUUUUUUCAUCAUCAGCGUUAACCUUGUUGAUGAAUGCAUCACAUUUCCUGUGACUGCUUCGCAAUUAAAGCCACCCCAUGUUUCGCCAUGCUUUUGAUGUGAAGCAGCAGUAGUAGGAAGUAUUCAGUUUGCAUUAGCAGUACCUUAAUGAACCUCUGAUAAGACUGAAGGGGAUAAAACUAUAAACAGCGAGGCUGAUAUCAGUGAAAUAAAAUUAAAAACAGUACAGCUGGAUUACAUGUUGCAAUUGUUUCCAGUAUGGGAAAGGCAGACCCUGCCACUACUGAAAACUGUUUAUAUAGGGAGGUAUUUACAGAAAAAAAAAAUGCAAUGAAUGGCUAUUGCUUAAAAAAAUCCAGCCAUCAAAUGUAUCAGAAAUGAAGGAAAGGAUUAUAACUUUAACAACAACCACAACAAACUGAAACACAAGGACAACGAGAAUUUUGAAGAGCUCUGUUUCAAAAACAAUAAAGAUACUUUUUCAGAUUUGGCCAGCUUAGUGUGGAGGUGCUGUCAGGGGGAAUAAAAUCCCUCAGUUUUUCCUCAGAUCACUCAGCUUUUCUCCUGCUACUCCCCCCACUGAAUAACAAUUGAUGAUUUUAUUUUGUAAUUUCAUAGUUUUAAUUAUAUUCACCCUGGGGGUCUUGCUCAGUGCAGCAAUUAUGCCCAAGAGGGGAGUAAUGAGACAUUUAGAGGACGACACUGCCAGAUAUUUUAGAAACACUCCUCCACACAUGCUCACAUAUGGAACAUAUGCACACACACACACACAUUUUACCCAUUUAUAGAAAAGCAAUUAGGAGAUAAGCAAUCAGGUAGAGUGAGAGAUGGAGCCAGAGAGAGAGGACGAAUAAGAAUGAGAGAGUGACUAAAGUAACAAAUGAGAUGUGAUUGUUGUUGUGGAGAUGAUUUGCUUCCUCUCAGGAAGAGUGCAAGCAUGGAGAGGAUGUACAGCAAACAUCCUCCAUGUGUCACUCCAGAGACUCACAUUAGGCUGCAGGUAGAAAUAUGAAGUAAUUGGAGUAAUUAAUUUAAGUGUUGUGUGUUACGUAUGUGUUUAAUGUGAGUGGUGUGUGCCUGUCUGCGGUUAAUGGAUGAAAAGAGAAAAAGCUCAUAACAAAGAGACGGCAAAUAAAGACAAAUGUAAAUGUCAUCUAGGGAGCUGCUGUUAUGAGACACACAAGAAAGUGAACUGGUAGUCUGGUAGUCUGGGCUUUUUUGAAGAAUGCCAACAGAGCAGCUUUGUGAGAAAUUGCUAUCAAACACUCUUGAAUCAUUCUGGUGACAACUGAGAUAAGAGAACAACACAUUCAUGCUUUGUUUUUACAUCAUAUCCCCGCUGUCUGUCUUCAAAAUGUCAGCUAUUAAUGGAUAAAAAACAAAUGUUAGGGAUGCGCUGGUAUGAUUUUUUUAAAGGUCAUACCCAUAUCCACUAUGUUUGCACCAGUAAUGAUCCCAACAUAUAAUGUUUGAAGAGAUAUAUCAUUCCUGAACAGGCAAAAACCUGAUCAAACUUUUCAGUCUAUUUAUCUGCCAAAUGUUUUGUUCUUGAUUAAGAAAACUUUACUGCCUGGUCAAACUUCAAUUUGAUCAACGAAAAACAACUCAGUUAGCCUCACGUAUACUCUGUGUACAGUCUUAGCAAAAUCUUAAAUUCUUCUUACACUCAACUUUAUAUGAUACCUAAGGGAGGGCUAAACAGAGUGUCUGUAACUAAUGGCCAAGACCAGCUCUCAUCCAUGCUUGUUAUGCCUCUCCAAGGUCUUCAGCUCAUCGACCAGACAGUCUGAGCCUCCUCACACAAAGUAUGCCAAGUGUGAAUCUCCCUGAGGCCCCUCAGGUUCCCUAACCAUGACAACGCAUGGCAUGCUUUCAUUUCCAAAUAAUUUUUCUACCACAAUUUUUUUUAAGUGAGAAAGAAGUGAGGAAAACAGAACAACUACAAUUUUGGCAACCAGAAAGCAGAAAAACUCCACAAGAAGCUGACAUGUACACAACUCACGCAUUUUGUAGUGAUUAAGUUCAUGCUUUAAAUUCAUUGAGUGGUGUUUCUGUCAACCUGAUGAAUGUCCAAUAUUCACCCUCCUUUUACAUCUGAUUUGGUCACCACCAGCCUAUGAGCAAAUAUCUUUCACUUUUUUUACCAGCUACUUGCAAAUGUUGUCCAUCUGUUGUUUGGGGCUGGGAAGGUAGCCUACAGUGGUUUUGUCAGAGCUUGUUUACUGUGAACAGCUGCCUGAGUGUGUGUAUAGACAGAAUGCAAAGCAAAUUUUAGAGGCUGCGUAAUUUCAUACAAAGUCAAAGGAAAAAUGUGAUUACACAUGAAAUCGUCAAGGCGGCACGAAUUGCAAAGAGGAGAGACUGGAGGGGAAUAACAGAAAGAGUUCAGUCAGAGGCGGAGCUGAGCACAAACACAGGCACACUCCCACAGACACGGUUAGUUCAUCCAUUGCUUGCUAGUUUACAGCUACCGUACAGUGGCUACAUUGGCUGUUAAAGUGCAAAUGAAUACAAACGGUCAAGCUGUCAAUUCUGUCAGUGUGAAAAUUGCUUCACUUUGUGUCUGAACCAUACAGUAAAUGGUCUGUCAAACUGUCUGAGAACACUGAUUUCCUUAAACUGUUGUUUAUUAACCGAAACAAUUUAAACACGGAUUAAAAACUGAUUUGAGUAGAAGUAACUCUGUGGGGCUUACGUUUUUGUAAUUAUAUAAAGUCAGCUUAAAGACAAUGAGUCAAUGGAACAAACUGGAAUUAUAUGAUCAAUACUUGAAAUACUGAACAAAUUUAAGUGCACUCAAACCACAAAAACAAAAAGUUAGUUAGUUUUAUUAAUAUAUGCUGUAAGGUUUUACAGUGCAAGCUAAAAAUCUCAAAAACCUUUUUCUGUGAACUUUUCCAGCUGACAUCAUCCACUUUUUACAGUCAAUUUCAUAUGCAUGCAGGGGACAUAUUUUAUCUAUAUUAAAGGACCACAUGAAAAAAACAUAUUUUAACGUGGCUGCCUUCAAAACCAGACAGCGUUUCAUGAAUGUUUAAAUCUCCCUCUGCCUCACAGAACAAGGAGUUAAAAGACCGUAAACGUAAAAGCAGUGACAUGAUACGACUAAAGAAGUGACUCAAGAUGAGAUAAAUCCACUGUGUGAUUGGUGUUCUGUGGAUUUUUAAAGGACAGCCUGCACCUGUAAAUCAUAAUAACAUUUCAACAGUUAAGGCUUUUAUAGUAACUCUAGUCUUGUAACAGGAUUUAUAAAACAUUUUUGUAGGUGAUAUUAAGUCAACAGGCUUGAUGAAACGCUACUGUAUUAAACUCGAGCAUCAGUUUUUAAUCCGAGGGGAAUGUGGAGAAGCUCUCCGUUAAAUGUACAAAUCAUUUAUCUUUCUGUGAUUACUGAGGCUUUUGAGUGCAUCAAUUAAUUUGCUUUAACUAUGCAUAUUCAGGACUUGGUACAAAUAAUAUUGAAAAAAUGAUGUACUCGCUGAAACCACUAACAGACUUAAAAUUCAGGAUGCAUCAGCGUGUGUGUGUGUGUGUACACGAGUGUGUUUGCGUGUGAGACAGAAGGAGAUAGAUAAGAACACAGAGAGAGAUAGAGAGACAGUCAGACAGAUGAGAGCUGGAGUGCGUCCUCUCAGUGGAUUUGACUGUUCGUCAAACAAUCUAAUCUGGAAGGAAUCGCAGCCACACAGAUGAAGGAUUUUGUUUCCUGAGUUGAGCAUUUAAGCGUCACACAUGACACCUCCCUUCAAAGAGGAGACGAGGAAAGAGGAAAGGAAAGAUAGUCUGAAAUUUAAAAUGUUCUCCUACAGAUACACAAGGUUUCCAAUCCCAAAAGAAUACUUACUACCUUACUAGGAAUAUAAAGAUGUUUUUCUGCAUAAGCCUUUAUUUGUUUAAGAGAUACAGCAAGUAUAUUGUUCUAAUUGUCUAACAUUCCCAUGAAAAGACUCAAACCAACAAUUCUCUCAAUAAUGUGUGACUCAGUAAUUUCCUAAAACAGCUGGGCACUGAAGUUUUUAUCAAAUGUUACAAUGUUCAAAUUGAUUGGUACGUGCUCUAGUGACUGAAUCAAAUUUACCUAGGUUGUGUGUGUUCAUGUGUGGCUCACCGAUGUGUUUUCAGUAGUUUUUGGACAACAAUGGAGCUCCAUGGCACAAAGGAAUAAGUUAUAUCAGGCUUUCAGUACACACACAAUACUUCUAAGUAGGAUGAAAUCAUUGUUGGUUUUUGUCUUUCCAUUGGAUUUGUUGACGAUAAAGAAAAUAUAUAAAAAUCUUAUCCUUUAACAAAUUAAACUAAACAUCCCAAAUGUUAAAUGUUGUCUUAACAAAAGCAGCCACACAAGACAUUUGGCUGAAUAAAGUCUUGAAUUAGUCUCAUCAAAGAAUAACUUCUCCUUACUGGGGACAUAUUUUGGACAGUAGGCUACCAGCAAAGUAUUAAUGUUCUAUACUGAUCCCUUACCAAUCCUAAAACAAAGCAGAUUUCCAGUGUAUGAAAGAUAUUUGGGAGAUACAUGGUUUUUAUAGAACAAGGACAAGUUACAGUUGCAAUCUUCAUACUUAUUUGAUCAUUUUAUUGAAGUCCCUUUAACUGAGGUUAACAUUUUCCAGGAUCCUGAGAGUCACUAGUUCAAUCUCUGCAACAGCUACAUGUGUCCAUUAAUGCCAAAGUUCCCUUGAGCAACACACUGAGCCCCUCCCUGCUGCUGGCUGUACCCUGCUCAGGUCAAAUGUAGAUAAAUGCAAACAUGUCUCAGAGAAAGUCAAAUGUGAACAGCUCUACAGGAAAAGCGACAGCCAUUAUUAACCCUACAUGUGUUUAUUUUGACAUUUAUCAACCAUAUUAUAUAUGUGGAAUUAUCCCUCCUCAUCACAGAAACCUUUCAUAAGUUAACUCCAUAAUGACCCCAUCUUGUAGACAUGUGUCAAUAGCGGCUCAGCCUUCUAUUUGACCUGAUAUUAAAGGGCCAUCCAGGAGGGGGGGGAUGAUGGAGGGAAGCGAUGGAAGCUGCUGACAGUCUCAUUAAUCAGGCGCCAAGACGGAGAGGUGCUGGCCUUGGCUCCGACGUGAGACACGACAGCUCAGACGCUGACUUGUUGCUCGCACUGUAGUAAGGUGCUUCCCCACUGCUUCUCCCCAAAGGUCAGACUCAUAAAGCAACCAACACCACCUGUUGACUCUAUUGACAAUGUUUAUUUGUUUCACUGAGUGUGCCUCCUGCUUUAUUAGCUGCACAAGUUGAUUUUGUUGGUGUUCAUUUUGCCCUGCGAUGCUCUUCAGCUGCCUCCUUUUUGCUUUUGUUCUCCUGUGAGUCAGUCCGUCCAUCUGUCUUUUUGCCUGCUUCCUGCACAUUUUAACGAGGAGUGUUGUACAAUGACAUGCUAUUUAUACAGAAAGUGUGUUUAAUUUUUCAAUAAAGAUAACUGCACAAAAACUA